AUGCAACUAUGGCACGGAUACAGUCUUUUCCACUCCGGUCAGUACGAAGAUGCCAUUGAUAUUUACGAAAAUCUUUUGAAAAGCGAUCCAGAUGAUACGACUGUCAAUCUUUAUAUAUCAUCCUGUGAAUUCUAUCUUCAAGAUUACGAAGUAGCUCGUGAUUAUGCUAAUAAAGGCCCUUCAUGCGAUUAUAAAACAAGAUUAUUGUUCCAUAUCGCUCAGCAGACUAAUGAUGACGAUGCAUUAUACAAAACACACUCUCAGCUUUUGGGCACACUCGAAAAUCAACUCUCUCUUGCAGCCAUUCAUUACAUUCGUUCUCAUUAUCAAGAAGCCAUUGAUAUUUACACAAAACUUCUCGCAGAACAUCCAGACUACAUUGCGUUAAACGUAUAUAUAGCCAUGUGCCAGUUCAAACUAGAUCAACAUCAGGAAGCAAACGAUACAGUUGAUCAAUAUCUACAAGUGAACUCGGAUUCAGCUGUUGCUCUUAACCUCAAGAGCUGUGCCUACCUUAAAUUAUACGAUCCCAGUACUGCAGAAUCCCAAUUACUUCAAAUCCGCAAAUUCAGUUCAGCAACAUAUGGAUUUGUUGAUUCCUUGAUAAACCACAACCUCUGUAUAUUCCAUGAUGGUGACGAUGGCUUCACAUUUCUUCCCAAACUUGUUGGAAUUAUUCCACAAGCGCAGCAGAACCUCGCCAUAUUAUAUCUCAGGGAAUCCAACUCUACAGAGGCCUAUAAUAUAUUACAAGAUUUCCAACCCCUCGAUCUCAGUGAAAAUCUCUUAAAAGCAACUGUUGAUUUUGCAUAUGGCCAAUUAACAGGCGAUGCGAACUUAAUUACAUCAUCGAACGAGGUAUUCAAAGAAUACGGCAACCUUGAUGAAAUCAAGGAUACAAUCCAAGGACGUCAAGUUCUUUCAACAAAUAAAUUCAUCGAACAAGAAUGGGAUGCAGCGCUUAAAGUACUGCAAUCUAUCGAAGAAUACCUUAAAGAAAACGACGAAUUUAACUACAAUAAGGCUAUGAUCCUUGCACAACUCAGUAGAUGGGCAGAAGCCGAAAGGUUCUUCCUUCUCGUUAAGAAUCCAGCAUAUUUACGCGAAUUAUACUACACAUCGUGGCUCUGUAUGUGUUAUAUAAUGAACAGAAAGCCGGAAAAGGCUUGGGAAUUAUAUACUCAAUGUACAGUGGCAGAAGAUGCUAAAACAUUACUACAAAUCAUUUCCUCGGAAUGUUAUACACAAGGAAUGUUUUAUUUCGCCAUGAAAGCGUAUUCAAUUCUCGCCGGAUACGAAAUGAACGAAGAAAUGAAACAAGGAAUGAUUGCAAGCGCUGUAGGAGUGUUUAGAAACAUCUUGUCUAGAAAAGAAGAGCCAGAUAAGAUUAACGAAAUUUACGACUGUUUGAUGCAGGAGAAAGAUGCUGAACAAGUCCUUCAAACAAUUCAGAAUUACGUGGAAACUUCUGGUGAAUUUGAUACAACUCAGCAGUAA